GACGUAUAAAAGCCCCGGGUUUCGGAAUCAGCAACCUCAGUUGUGGGCUCUACUACAUUAUGAAGACAUUCCUAAUUCUGGCACUCAUUGCUGUAGCCGUUUCGGCUUUUCCCUUAAAGGAGGAAUUGGAGGAAUCCGAGCGCAUCCACGGGGAGAACGGCUGGUACAUUCCCCAGGAGGAUGGCUCCUCCGUGUGGGUGAACAUGGAUGUUGCCGAGCAGUGGAUGGAGGCCCAGGAGCUGCUGGAGGGCCGUGGCUUGACCACCGUUCCCGUUAAGUUCUACCUGUACACCUCUUCAAACCCCACCAAGGGCACGAAGAUCACCACCACCACCAAGUCCAUCGGCGCCUCCAACUUCAAUGCUGCACACCCCACUCGCUUUGUGAUCCACGGAUGGACGCAGAGCUACACCGCCAGCAUGAACAAGGACAUCCGCAGUGCCUGGCUCUCCAGGGGAGACUACAACGUGAUCAUCGUCGACUGGGCCCGUGCCCGUUCCGUGGAUUAUGCCACCUCCGUCAUGGCUGUGAGUUCCACAGGCAAGAAGGUGGCCAGCAUGAUCAACUUCCUGAAGGACAACCACGGACUGAACCUCAAUGACGUCUAUGUGAUUGGUCACAGCCUGGGAGCCCAUGUGGCUGGAUAUGCCGGCAAGAACACCAACGGCCAGGUGCACACCAUUGUGGGUCUGGACCCCGCCCUGCCCCUCUUCAGCUACAACAAGCCCAACAAGCGUCUGAAUUCGGGGGAUGCCUGGUAUGUGGAGUCGAUCCAGACCAACGGAGGUAACCUCGGUUUCUUGAAGCCCAUCGGCAAGGGAGCCUUCUACCCCAACGGAGGAAAGAGCCAACCCGGCUGCGGACUGGACUUGACUGGCGCCUGCUCCCACGCACGCUCCACCACCUACUAUGCUGAGGCUGUGGCCCAGGACAACUUUGGAAGCAUCAAGUGCGGAGACUACGAGUCUGCCGUUUCCAAGGAGUGCGGAAGCACCUACAGCAGCGUUCGCAUGGGAGCCGAUACCAAUGCCUAUAUGGUCGAUGGUGACUUCUAUGUGCCCGUGAACAGCAAUGCUCCUUUCGGCAUGAUUAACUAAAAGUUAUUAAAUAAACUAAGGUCUCAGAAAGUAUCAA